UCAAGAAUUAAUGUUCAAAGGUAUGACCCGUAAUUCAUUUUUUAAUGGCAAUUGGAUUCAAUAAACUUGUAACAUUUUUUGGCCAUUUUGUGAUUGGUAUGUACUUUUGAAAAUAUAACCUUUGUCAACAGCCCAAACGCCAUCUAUAAUGUGUUAGCAGCCAUUGUGAUUAUGUCACGACUAAAAGUGUACCACAAAUCUUUUGUGUAUAAAUAAAAGCAUCCACCUAAACUGGUCACUCCAAGCAAUUAAUUAAGUUGUUACUUAUUCUUUAUAUCUUCUGUGUCAAAUAUCAGAGACAUUUUCUGAAUUUUCCCUUUGAUAUAGAAUUAAUUGACAAGUAUGGGUAGAAUUUUUGUGGCUGCACUAAAUUUAUUAGUGAUCCUUCAAGUUUUACAACCUCCUAUUGCUUUUGCUGCUACAGCAGGAAAGGUAGUAACAAUUUUGAGCAUAGAUGGAGGUGGCAUCAGAGGAAUUAUUCCUGCCACCCUUCUUGCUUUCCUUGAAUCCAAGCUUCAGGAAAUUGAUGGACCAAAUGUCAGAAUUGCGGACUAUUUUGAUGUGGUAGCUGGAACGAGCACAGGUGGAUUAAUCGCCACCAUGCUAACAGCUCCAGACAAAGAUAAUCGCCCUUUAUAUGCAGCAAAAAAUAUUACCAAUUUCUACAUGGAUCAUGGUCCUAAAAUCUUUCCUGAGAGCAGUCGCAGCAGCUUCCUGAAGAGGCUCACAAAUAUAUUUGGGGGGCCUAAGUAUGACGGGAAAUAUCUGAAAACAUUGGUUAAGUCAAUAUUAGGCAAUCAUACUGUGAAGCAAACAUUGACACAGAUAGUCAUCCCGUCUUUUGAUAUCAAGCGCCUUCAACCCAUUGUCUUCACAACUACUGAUGCCAAAGCACAUGUUUCUAAGGAUGCUUUACUAUCGGACAUUUGCCUAAGUACCUCUGCAGCACCCACCUAUUUCCCUGUACAUUAUUUUGAGACCAAGGAUGCUCAAGGCAAAACACGUUCAUUUGAUCUUAUUGAUGGAGGGGUAGCUGCAAAUAAUCCAACUCUCAUGGCAAUUACUCACAUUUCGAAAGCAAUUGUGUUGGGGAAAUUGCAAUACGAGGGCGUGAGACCCAUGGACUGCGAGAAAAUGUUGGUUCUGUCACUGGGCACAGGUAUACCGAAGGACGAAAAGAAGUAUAGCGCUGCGGCGGCUUCAACAUGGGGUGUACUUGGUUGGCUGUACAACAAUGGUGCAAGUCCAUUGCUAGACGUUUAUAGUGAUGCAAGUUCUGAUAUUGUGGAUGUGAACCUUUCAACCAUGUUUCAGUCCCUUCGGAACGAAAAGAACUAUCUUAGAAUUCAGGAUGAUAGUCUGACUGGGGAGGCUGCAUCUAUGGAUGUUGCAACCACAAAGAACAUGGAGAAACUUGUGCAAAUUGGUAAUGAUCGAUUGAAGAAGCCAGUGUCAAGGGUUAACUUAGAUACUGGCCGCUAUGAAGAAGUUUCUGGGGAGGGCACCAAUGAAGAAGCCCUUAUUCGGUUUGCUAAGUUGCUUUCAGAGGAAAGAAAACUCAGGGAAACAGCUGAGGAGUUCUCUACCACUAGAAAAAUACUCUAAAUGCUUUGUCAAUUAACACCAAUUAAUUGAUAAGAGAGAAGUCUUACAAUUAGUAUUUUCCUUUUGCUUUGAAUUUUCGUAGGGUGAAUUUUAUGUUGAAGCCUUGAAGGCAAUCUUUUUCAAUGUAAAAUCAGAACGAUUAUACAAGAAGAAAGAUGUGCUUUCGUAUCAUGUCGUACAUUGCUUUUCAAAAGGCAAAUAAAUGGCGAUUGGCGAUAUAUGACUUUGACAAUUAAAGUAUAUCUUUUAGUUCCCGUUCAUUAAUUGAACGGUUUAA